AUUGGUUUAUUGUGUUGAACAUAGAAACUGACCAUCGCUCGGGCGGCUGCAGGGCCUGGUCAGUGAGGUUAAGACGUGCGCACGAGGGUCUGCGAUCUUGGGUUUGAGGCCAUCGCCCGAGGGAUCCUACCUCCACCGAAUUGNUGAAAAGAAAGAAAAUAAGUUGACUGUUGGUCAACCGUCUAAAGAACCGAAUGUAAAGUUGAAUUGAUUUUUACUAAAAGGAUAAACAUAUGCACGAUCUUAAUUGUUGAAUUAUUAUAUUUAUUCUUGUGCUACAAUGGAGUACCACUCAGCGUCAAUGCUGAGCGGAUAGCGUUGUUUUCCUUUUUGCUGUCCGUAGGUGAACAGACAGAUGAACCUAGAGCCGAUCCUAGAGGGCAUUGAGGAGGAGAUGUACGAUGGCGUGGCUGUCUCUUUAAUCUGUUGAUUAUGCUUUAUUUAAUUAACUUUAAUGCUUAUUACGUUUUCGGGCAAGAUCCCAAGUUGUUUGACUUUAAAAAGGCUUCCGCAUUUUUUUAAAUUACUCUGAUGGAUUUUUAUAUGUAUUGAUAAAACAUUUGUUUAAAAAUUGUUUUGAAAAUGUUGCAAAUUCGGAUACCAUAUCAGUGGCACACCGGUCCGCUGUAUCACGGGUUUGGGUCAUGCGGGUUGGGGUGUUACAUUUUGAAUGAGUCAAGAAUCGACCCACGGUCAGUACGUUCUGGAGCCAGAGCACGUGAGCGUGCACACGGCGAACACCGAGGGUUCGAGUUUCACGCCUCCGGGUGACGGAGGGCAACAGCAGAAUCAACCUGCGCCAGCGGGACAGCCACUAGCUGUACCACCGUCAGUAGUACCACCGCCAGUGAUGCCACCGUUGGCGAUACCGCCGGUGGCCUACGAGUAUAUGUUCCCGGCCAUGAUGGCCCAUUAUAUGCAGCACAUGGCGCAGUUUAUGCCCAUGUUCCAGCCACCUCCACCACCACAGCCGCAGCCGCGCAUCGUUACCUUCAAGAUGUUGAAGGAUAAUGGAGCGGAAGAGUUCCGAGGAGACAAUAUGGGGGAGCCUCAGAUUGCUUUCGAUUGGCUUGAACAGAUGGACCGGGUACUCAAGAAUUUGAGAGUCCCAGAUGCUGAUCGCUCGGAGUUGGCGUCACAGAUGUUCCGGAAGGGAGCAUAUGAUUGGUGGAAGCGCAUUGACCAGGAUCCACACACGCCGAAGCCCUGGACCUGGGAUCGCUUCGAUCGAGCCUUCACGAAGGAGUACGUCCCCACCUGGUACCGCGAAGAGAGGCGCGAUGAGUUCAAUGCACUUAAGCAGGAGGGAAUGUCACUGCCUGAACUGAGACAGAGGUUCGACUACUUGUCCCAGUACGCGACGAGUCUGGUCUCCACUCCGGAGGAUCGUUUGAAUGAGUUCAUCAAGAAGCUACGGCCGGACGUGAGGCCAUACGCCGCACUGAUCACGACUACAGAUUUUAAUGCGGCGUAUGAUUUGAUUGUGAAGACGAAAAAGAGCUUGGACGAUUUGCAGGCAACCAAGAAAGAGGAUCGAGCGACAAAAGACCCGCGACCCGCGGCCAGCACCGGGCCGAGCGGGAAGAGUUUUGGAUUCGGGGGAAAGAGGUACGAGAAGGGUUCUUCGAGUGCGCCACCGCCUAAGAGGAGUAAGUCGAGGCCGCCUCCGUCGGCCGCCGCUAGCAACUCGAACAGAACGAGGAGCCACCCGCAAUGUGUACAUUGUGGUAGGCAUCACCCAGGCGAGUGUUGGCUCACCCAAGGCUUAUGUUUGGUUUGUGGUCAGCCAGGGCAUUUCAGGAGGCAUUGCCCGACAAACCCUAGCAGCGAGCCUAUUUUACCUAGAGCUCCGGAUCAGCCUGCCGCAUCACAUCCAGCACGGAGUCAGCAGUCUACGGCCGCAAAUAAUCAGCAGAGACCACGUCUGCAGCAGUCAGGCUGGGCACCAGCGCGUACCUACGCCAUGCAUGGGCGCACAGAUCCUAGUCCCAAUGUUAUCUUGGGUACGUUCAUACUAUUUGAUUCGGUUAUGCAUGCCUUGAUUGAUCCGGGUUCUACGCUCUCCUAUAUCUGUGUUGGCAUGCCUGCUAAUUCUGCGAUUGUGAGGAGUGACCUUGAGAUGCCUACCAUUGUAUCGAAUCCGCUAGGACAUAGCAUGCGUCUUCAUCACAUUUAUCAUAGAUGUCCGUUGUCCGUGCAAGGGAAGCAAUUCCCUGCAGAUUUGAUAGAGCUACCACACAAGGAGUUUGACAUUAUCCUUGGUAUGGAUUGGCUCACCGAGCAUAGAGCAGUGGUCGACUGCAGUUGUCGGACC